AUGGGAAGAGGAAGUGGCACAGUCACUAAAAACUACCCACCAGUCUUAUACAAGAACAUCAAGACUAUCAGAAAAUCACCAAAAACUAUUCCAGACACUAUUACAUUGGAACAGAUUGUAGCUUCAUUACCAAAGGAAGUUUUCGAAAAGAGUGGAUUGAAAUCAGCAUCAUCACUCUUGCUCACCAUUUUCUUUAUCGCAUGUUCCAUCAUCUUUAUCAAUAAAGUACCAUCCUAUCUCUAUCCAGUUGGUUGGUUCCUCGGAGGUGCUUCCAUCACCGGUUUAUUUGUAAUUGGAAAUGAUUGUAAUCAUAAAUCAUUCUCGAAAUCACCACUUGUAAAUUCAAUUGUUGGUACAAUUGUUAUGCUUCCAUUGCUUUAUCCAUUCCAAUCAUGGAAGAUCACUGAAAGAAUGAAUCUCUCAAAGUCCAAGUCAUCGUUGAUCAGAUCAUGGGCCACUGGUAAGCUCUUCUGGUUGUUGUCCAUCUCCAACUGGGCUGAGAACUAUUUCAAUUUGAAGAAGGUCGAAGACAAGAACGACAAGAAGAAGGCACUCACUUCAAUCGUCUUGGUCUACGUGUUUGCCGGUAUUUUCUUCCCAUUGGUAUUCAAGUUCUUUGGUGUCAGCGGAUUCCUCAACUACUGGUUGGCUCCAUGGUUGAUCUACCACUUCUUGGUUUCCACCUUUACUUUCCUCCCAGCGAUUCCAUUCUUUGAGGAGGAGAAGGACAAGCGUUACCACGUGCACAUCACCUAUCCAAAGUGGUUCGAGUUUGUCGUCAAGGACAUCAACUUUGCUUUGCCACGUCACAUCGCCGUUUCCAUCCCACAUUACAACUUGCGUAAGGCAUACGACUCCUUCCAGAAGCAAUGGAGUGAGUACAUCUACGAGUGCACUUUCGAGUUGGAUCUUUUCCGUGAGUUGAUUUCCAAGAGCCAAACUUUCUCUGAAGAAAUCUUCUCGCCAUUCGACAACACCCCACUCGCCAAGCCAAAGCAACCAAAGCAAGAACUUCCAGCUGACCGUCCAUCGCGUUCCGUCUCUGAGUUCCUCGCCAACAUCAACUGGAUUCAUUUCAUCCUCCUAACAUCGACCCCCAUCAUCGCUCUGAUCGGUUUCUUCACAGUGCCACUCAGCAGAGCAACAUUCAUAUGGUCAGUGAUCUACUACCACAUCACCGGUAUGGGUAUUACCGCUGGUUACCAUCGUCUCUUUGCUCAUCGUGCAUACUCUGCUUCGUUGCCACUCAAGGUUUACUUGUUGUUUGCUGGAGCCGGUGCUAUCGAAGGUUCAUGCCGUUGGUGGUCACGUGACCAUCGUGCUCACCACCGUUACACCGACACCGACAAGGAUCCAUAUUCAGCACACCACGGAUUCUGGUGGUCACAUCUCGGUUGGUUGUUCAUCAAGCAGGAUCCAAAGAAGAUCGGUAAGUCUCACAUCGAAGAUUUGAACGAAGAUGCUUGGGUCAUGUGGCAACACAAGAACUACGUCAAGGUCGCUUUCUUCAUGGGUAUCCUCUUGCCAACUUUGGUCGCUGGAUUGGGUUGGGGUGAUUGGAUGGGUGGUUACUUCUACGCUGCCAUCGCACGUCUCGUCUUUGUUCACCACUCUACAUUCAUGGUGAAUUCACUCGCUCACUUUGUCGGAACAUCGCCAUACGACGACAAUCACACACCAAGAGACAGUAUCAUCACUGCCGUUCUCACAUUCGGUGAGGGUUAUCACAACUUCCACCACGAGUUCCCCUCGGACUACCGUAACGCCUUCACCACCUUUGGAUACGAUCCAACCAAGUGGAUGAUCAAGAUAUGCGAAAUUCUCGGACUAGCCCACAGCCUAAAGACUUUCGAUCAGAACGAGAUCCAAAAGGGUAUGGUACAGAUGCAGUUGAAGGAGGCCAACAAGAUGACCGAGAGCAUUCACUGGGGUGUUGCUGUCGAUCAACUCCCGAUCAUGACUCACGAAGAGUUUGAACAGUUCCACAACCAAGGACGUAAGCUUAUCAUCAUCGAUGACAUCGUACACGACGUCGAGUCGUUCGUCGAUGAACAUCCAGGUGGAUUAAUGUACAUCAAGAUGGGUCUUGGCAAGGAUGCUACCAAGAUGUUCAAGGGUGAUGUCUACGGUCAUUCCAACGCCGCUAGAAAUCUUCUAUCUCAAUUCCGUAUUGCUCAAUACAAAUCAAAACAACAAUAA